UACUUAUUGUAGGUGGUUUGGCAACAACAGGUGUCAGCAUGUCAGUGUGAUGCUGAGGUGAAGAUAUUUGACGUGUUUUUGUUGUGUAGCAGAUCUUUAGUUAGGUUUGUAAAUUUCACUAGAUCAGCAUUUGAGCAUUUUGUCCAGUUGUGUUCCGACUGACUUUCACACUCAAGAGAGAAACUGCAGAGUUCACAUUUAAAAGGUUAUGGGAUUGGUAACCUGCUGCAUGGUGAACAUGACUAACCAAUCAGCUCUCCUGAAACUGGCCUUGCUGCUGCUGCUUGCGUAUGGCACAGAUGCAAGGAUGCAAAUCGUUUCCCCUAAACAAGAUGUGCUGGUGGGAGAAGAGAUCUUAUUGCUGUGUAAAGCUGGAGGAGAGGGAACUAUAACGUGGCAGAAGGAUGAGGAAGACAUUGAUGAUGAAGAAAAGGUGUCAGGGAUAGAUGAGACCUCCUCUAAACUGAGCAUUAAGAAGGCCACAAUGAAUGAUGCGGGCAAGUAUAGCUGUCUGUGUGACUUCGACAACGGACACCAGGACAAGAUUGACGUACAGCUGUAUAUUUAUGAGGGACCAUCGUUUGGAAGCAAGAAAACCUACCAUGAGUUUCUGGAGGGCACAGAUGGGAUGGUGCCAUGCCUGGUGACUGGCAAGCCAGAGGUGGAUGUUCACUGGCUUAGAGGCAACCAAAACAUCCCUUCUGAUGGUAGGACCAACACCCAGGGCCUUAUGGGAGUAGUGAGGACAAAGUGUGAUUAAUGUGUCAAUGACAGCAUCCUGGGGAGUUUUCUGGCGACUCUUAGACUUUGUCAAAUGAAAACAUCAGAGACACAUGGUUCAAAUGUUAAUAUUAGAUGGACACAGACAUUCAGGCAGGCGUC